AUGCCCGACGGAGACGUGGUUGCCACGUGGAACGUUCCGCUCCACGACCGCAUUCAUUGCAUCGAGUUCGAGCACGGCACCACCACCGGCAAACGCGUCAUUCGUGUCGAUAAAAAGGUAAAUUUGUGCGAGCAAAAAGAAACGAGGCAAAGAAAUUUUAAAGUGAGUGGGGAUUGAACCAAAACGCUGCUCCAGCUAAAUUUCGAGAUUUCUGGCACUGCGCCACGCGCACCAUCCAGCCUUCCGCUCUCAGCGCGUACAUAACAAUGCUCUUUUUUCCAGGAAAUUCUGCGCCGCGACUGGAUGUUCAAACUCGUCGGAAAGGAGACUUUUAAUGUAAUUUUUUUUCGAAAAAAAUUUGAGCCUAACUUUUGCUCUCUCUUCCACAGGUCGGCGACAUGAAGUGCACGAUCAACGUGGAGGCGUUGGGCACGUUCGCCUACGAAUACUCGCUCGACGUGAACGGCAAAGGCUUCAACAAGUUCAAGGAGGAGCAGAACAAGAAGCUGCACAGCUGGGAGACGUCCAUCGACGGCGUCGAUUUCCGCGUCGUGCUCGGUACGUCUUCUUCCCCUUCUUCUUCUUCUUCUUCUUCUUCUUCUUCUUCUUCUUCUUCCCCUUCUUCUUCCCCUCUAAUUAGUGAUUUUCAGACAAAGAAUCGAUGGAGGUCUGGGCGAACGGGAACAUCAUCGACACGGCGGUGAGUUUGGCACACGGCUGGCUUCACGCCAUCUUCUGAACAUUUUCAACUUUUUUUUGCUCAGGGAGAAUUCGUCGACAACGGCACCCUCACUCAUUUCGAGUUGAACAAGCGUCCGUGUCGCAUUAUGGCCGAGAGCAGCGGAAAGAAAAAGUUAGUUUGGGAGGGGGGUUUGGGGGGGGACAUUUCGAAACCGGCGAUCAAUAUUUUCAGAACGGGCGUCACACACUCGCUCUUCGUCAACGACUACCCAGUUGGGACGGAUCCGGAUGUGGCGGCGCUGGCGGCUCAGAUGGCUUCCGCUCCCUCUCCCUCUUCGCCUUCUUCUUCUUCCUCAUAA